UAUACAAUGGCACAAUGAGGAAUGCUACUGUUUGCUCGGUUUCACCUGAAGCCUCCAUGUGAUGUCACAACGCGAGACCCGAGUAACAGGAUCGGGGACAUUUCUCCCCUACUUAAACCUGACACAUGGAGCGCGCCGCUGUGGAUGCGUUUUGGAGAGGGAUCCCUUCAUUUCCAUCCAUUGACAAAAUGGCAAGUGUGUUUGCCUACGAGAGCUCUCAAAUUGACUGGUGUGAGGACAACUACAGAAAUUCAGAGAAUGUUGUGGAAUAUUUUAACACGAUGAGCAGUUUGAUAUUCUUUGUGAUCGCACCCAUAAUGCUUUACUUGCUACACCCAUAUGCCAAGGAAAGAAACCUGGCUGUGCACCUGGUCUGGAUCAUGAUGGUCUUUGUAGGUAUCUUCUCCAUGUAUUUUCACAUGACUCUGAGUUUUAUGGGCCAGAUGCUUGAUGAGCUUUCAAUCCUGUGGGUCUUGGCUCUUUGUUACUCCCUGUGGUUCCCACGCAAACACUUCCCCUCUUUUAUUAAGGACAGGAAAUCCUUCAGUCAUAUGGUCCUGAUCAUCACUGUCAUAAGCUCUCUGUCCUCUUUUGUCAAACCUACAGCCAAUGCCUACGCUCUCAACUGCUUCACCAUCCAUAUCCUCUACUUUCUGUUUGUGGAAUUAAGGAAUUGCACAGAUCAGAAAGUGCUGCGUCUGGCCUGGUCAUCCGUUGGCCUGUGGGUUCUGGCCAUCUCCUGCUGGAUUAGCGAUCGCUUUGGCUGCAGCUUCUGGCAGAAACUGGACUUCUGUUAUCUGCACGGUAUCUGGCAUAUUCUGAUUGUGAUGGCCACCGCUUAUGCUAGUACUCUGGUGGCUUACCUGGACGCUAGUCUGGAGAUCCCUUAUUCCCUACCUGACCUGCAGUACUGGCCACAGAAUAAAUGGUCCAUUGGGCUUCCUUACAUAGCCCUCAAAGGCAGCACAAAGACACGGAAAAUAUGCUAGCAUGCAUGACAACAUGAACUGAUACAACCUCAUAUAUAAAGCAGGCUGUAAAGCUGAUUUAGGACUAGCCUUUACAUCUCCAAAAUGGUGAAUCCAUUUUUAUGGGCAGGAAGGAACUGAUCCUAAAUCAGACACUGUGCAUUAUAUGAACACUGAAAAGAAACUUGUUAUAUGAAACAAGUGUUGUGGUGAAUUGUUGCAGAUUCUGGAACUGUCUUCAUAUUUCUCACAGAACCUGAAACUGAAGGGUGUGUGAGUGAGUGAGUGUGUGUGUGAAUGUGUCUAAUACAAGUGACUGUUCAUAUUCUCAUCUUUACAGACAACAUGCUGUUGUUUUGUGAAAAUGAAUAUUUGCACUUUUGAAUGCAUGUAGAAAACUUUCUGCAUUUUACUUGAUUUACUACAUUUUUUAACAGAGACAAUUGUCUUAAGCAACUGCUCGAAAAUGUCAAUGUUCGAUUCAUAAUCUGAUCAGAGGAAGAAAAUCAUGCUGCCUGUUUGAAGUGAGAUGUCACUUUCUGAAAUGAUUUUCUCACAGCAAAUGGUGCAGACAUUUGUUUACAAAUGUAAUAACUGGGAUUAUGUUCAUUCUGGUGUGGCAUAUUUAAAUCUUAUGUUAUUUUACUGUAUGUUUCGUUAAAAAACUUUAUAUAUGCUAAAUCUAUAUAUUGUGUUUUAACUUCUAACCUCCAACUCACUGUAUGAAAUUGUGGAUAUUGACGAUGGUGUACUUAUCAAUGACAUCACUCUUUAAAAUGCUUAUGUGACAUGAAACUAAUGAUUUGUGGAUUAUUUUUAUAUAAAUGAUGAUUGCUGGGA